UGGUAACCGGAUUUUUUUUGUGUGCGUUUGAAGACUUCCAAGGUCGCUUACCUUUUACGUGCUAUAAACAAUUCUCACCUUCUGAUUAGAUCAAUAGAUAUAGAUCUACCACUAGACUGUAGAUCUAUAAUUCUAUAUCAGAUAUAGAUCUAAGGCUAAGAGUCAAAAAAGCAUGGGAAGAAUGUCUCUGAUGAUGAGAGAAGAGACAAAAAAGUAUUUAGCGCAGCACAAAAUUCCUCAGCUAUUUGAGUCUUUACUGAGCUCUCUCAUGAUGGAGAGGCCUGAGAACCCAGUGGAAUAUAUUGAGAACAAAAUGGUUCAGAUUCGGGACAUUGGCCCAGAGAAUGUUAAUUGGCAGACCUUAGUGUCGCACCUGCAUCCCUACAGAGAUAAUAUCAGAAGACAGUUAAUAAGAGAUUGUAGUGUUUACGACAAGGAGUAUUCAGAGAUGAUAGGGGAGCUGGAAGACUUUGAGGAGAGAAAGAAAGAUCACUUUGAGUUCAAUGCUGACCAGCGCUACAAACCAGAGAUCUUCUCUCUGACUGAAGCCCAUUCUUAGCAGUGGCUGUGGACAGGGGAAGCAUUCCAUGCCAUGAAGAGACAAAGUGUUUAAAUCUCUAUUUGGAAAAUGUUAGAUGCAUCCAUUUUGUUUUUUAUGUUUAACAGUCAGCACAAUAUGACAUUUCUAAGGCUUAAUACAAACAUAAAAUGUAGAAAUGGGUGCUUCUAAUCCUGACAUAAUGGAAAAAGUCUACCCUAGUAGCCCACACUGUGCCAAGAAUUCAGGCUGGUCAUUUUCACAACUAUCAUAAAGAGACAGGGUACACUAUACAGUUGACUUUAUUUUUUAAAGUUUUGUUUCGUAACUAGUUUGAUUUUUGUUGGUGUCUUAACAUACAAAUUGUGAACAUUAAAAUUAAUCAAUCACUUUAUGAACAGGUCUAGAUUUAAGAAACAAUCUUUCCACCUGUGUAACCCAAUUUUCCACCUCUGUUGCAGUGUUUACCUGUGCUACUAGUGUCCACCUCUGUUACAGUGUCCCCUUCUACUACAGUGUCCCCUUCUACUACAGUGUCCCCUUCUACAGUGACCCCCUCUAUUACAGUGUCCACCACUAUUCUAUUACCAAGUGUUCAGUUGUAUUAUCGUAACUGCUCUUACUAAUGGUGCAGCUAUUACUUCAAACCUAAUUCAAGAAUUAUAAAUGUGCUUAGGCUAAAAUAUUGGCAGAAUUUAAGUCAUUGUUUAACAUGCAUGACUAGAUACAUGAUGCAUAGGACUUAAUCAUCUUCUUUUUUGAAGUAGCAUCUGUAUUUUAUAAGAUAAGAAGAUAUUCAACCCAAAAUUAUUUUUUUUUUGUAAUGCAUAAAACUUUAUAUUUAUCUGACAGAAGCAGGGCAUUUUGAGAGAAAUCUCUCAUUGUCAAUAUGGAAAUGUUGUUUAAGCUUUGUAUUUUAGAUUUAGUGAAAAGAAAUGUAUAUAUGUAUUUGUGUACACCUUUAAAUUAUGAAAAUACUUUCAAAAUUAUGUUCGUUUACACCUAAAUUGAAAUGAUUGAUCUAGCUAUAAAUUAAAACUGUAAGCUUUAUAGCCUAAGCAUCUACAUUCAAAAGUUUCGGUGAUCUUAUUUGUAUUUCUUUUUCAUAAAACAUGAAUGGUCAUGCCACGCUAAUGGGUAACUAUGUGAUAAAAAGCAAAGCCUUGUUAUUUCACCAACCACAGCAUUCCCUCCCCAUGCAUAAGAUGUAGGCAGCUCUUCUUUAUGAAUGUAAAAUCCUGUUUUUUCUUUUAGAUAUUUCUUUUCAAAGAAACCAUUGUUCACAAAGAUUCAUCUCAGAAGGACCCUUAUAUGUUUCUUUAUUAUUCUUUAUUGAAUGUUAAUUAGAAAAUAUUACAAUAACUAUAACGCGUCUUUUUAUUCCAAACUACUUUAAGGUCAGGUUUUGCCCAACUUAUUGUGGACAUUUCUUUCAUGACAUAGAAAGUAUUAUUUACUCAGUAUUUAUUUUGUACAUUUCAAACUUUUCUUGAGUUUGCCAAAAUUUGCAUGUAUUAGCCAGAUAAAAUACAAAACAAAAUAUUUUAUGACUAAUUUUUUAAAAAUAAUACUCUGUUGCCAGUAUUAAUCUAAGUAUUAGAUCAUAUUGUUUUAAAAAGAAUAUAAUGCAUUCAUGUUUCUAUUUUUUUUUUAUAAGUCAUCACUCUUAUUUGCUUUUCAAAUAUUUGUAGGCGUUUUACUGAGUCUGUUUUUACAGAAAAUUUUAAUAAAAUUUCUAUUUUA